CUAAUUACAUAAUAACUCUAGAAAUUCUCAAACUCAUUCAAAAUUCUGAGAGAAAAGUAAGAAAACAAUUCUGACUGAAGUGGCAAAUAUCUAAAAUUUCAGAUAAAAUUCUGAUUUAAGUCACAAUUCUAAGUUUAAAGAUAAAACUCUGAAUUUAGACUUUUGUCUUUAAUCUUAUAACACUACGAGAUUUUUUUUUCUUUUUUGGGGGCAAGAGGGUGUCAGCCAACCAGCUGCAGAAACAGUCCUAUGUUGAGAAUUUUUACUGAAAAUAUUCACAAUAAAUGAUUUAUCUGACUGUUAAAAGUCAGUGGGAUGAGAUUUUAUCAAAAAACACAACAGAUCAUUUGACCCUGUAGUUAUUUGUUUGCCUUGAUCUUCCCCCUCAGCAGCCAUUCCCUCCUUUUUGGGGUACAUAUAAAGUUCAUCCAUGCUCUGUGCAGCCUCAUCAUUGACUUUGAAAAGCCAUAAUCUAUUCCGAUAACAGAACCGAUAUCAUUUUACACUGAACUGCUGUCGUUGAACAUGCAUCAUCCAAAACAGACCAGUCCUGCUUCAGGUGGUCAAUCAUAAUCAAGAAUGCAUUUAAUAAAUGUAAACCAAGAUUAGCAGCAUCUGCCCAUCCAGACAGCUCUGAGUGAUACCCGUUUGUCUAAGUGAGUCUGUGGACAUGGCAGUCAUGUAACAAGUCAUAAAGAUACACUCUGUCUCUUCCAACCUUCACGCCUGAUUCAAGGACCUCCUGAUCUCCACCAUGUACUUGGCAAAAGUGAAGCUCAGCUUUUCACAGUCACUUCAACUCCCCCACGCACCCAUUUCUCAACCCUUAUGACCCCCCCCCCCCCCCCAUACUCCCACAGUCCAACUGGCGCUAUGUAUGGGCUAAGGGGGGGGGGGGGGCAGGGGAGUGCAGCUGCAGCGCCCAUCUUGGAUCUCUGUGAUGUAAAUGGGUCCCGUUCAUAAACUGUUCAGAGUAUCAGUGUAGGCCAUCUGGCCAAUGAGGAUGCAGCAGGCACUAAAAUGGCAAAGCCAAUGGCUGAGAGUCUGCCCAGUAUAUAAGCAGGGAGCAGGGACCCCCCGAGUUGGGUGACCCCUAUUUUGGCCGUGGUGAACAGGAUCUGAUCCCAAGGACUGUUACCUCUGUUCUUGUCUGGUGUGCAGGUAAAGAAAUCUUAGGGAUGAUUGGUUUAGCACAGAGGGGGGAGCAGAAAUCUGAGGCAUGGCCAUCCAAACAUUUAUAACCACAUAUAUAACUCUUUAUUCUUCUUUGGACUCUAAGUAGACAAAAAUGCACAUUAACUCUGUGGUGUGUGGUGAAGAUGAUAUGUUUGAAGGAGCAGCAACCAUCUUGAUUUGGCUGAAUUUUCCAGAUUAUUCUUUAUCAUAGAAAAAAAAUUGUAUGGAGAUGAUAUUUAACCCAGCAGGAGCAGAAUGGUUCUGCUAGCUUGUGUCGCUGCAUGUAUUUGAGUUCUCUGCAUGUGAUCCGUCAUGUGGACAGUGAUUAAUGUGGACAGGUGCCUCACAGUUUGAGAUGUGUAAGCCUGCAGGCCCUUUAUACCCUGUAAUUAAGCUCAGCCAUUUAAGGCUGACACACUUCACAGCAGCUUUUUGGGCUGAAGCUUACAGGACAAUUAGCUUUAGCAAAGUGAUAACCGCCACAAAUAGUGUUAGCUUCUGAAACCUUUCUGGCUUUUUUUUCACUGCUGAUUGCAUUUCGUGCAAAAGGAUGUCACUUAAUGAGUCACUCUUCUCAAAAAGUCACUUAUGUAUUCUUUCAUAGAAAAUCACAAGUGAACAGGUCUUGUUGGAUCAUAGCUGAGUAGACUGGAGAAAAGAAUUUGGAGCUUGUCAAACUUUUUUUUGAGUCACCACAGUGGCAGCUUCAAGUGUUUGAGCCUGGUACACUAGCAAGUGAAGUAGUUUAAAUGAUAAAAGGUGUACAAAACAAGCCCCAUGUACUAAUUUGUUAGCACUCAGGCCGGGGAAAAGAGGUAGUGAAUGUACUUUGAAAAUUAAGAAAGCUACCGGCACAGCUGAUGGCUCUUUAGAGAAAGGGAAUACAGUCAGAUGCACAGGUGCUAAAAAUACCCAACAACCCCACCCCCAGCUCUAUUUCAACCCGACACCUGAGCCUCUGAGAAUGGAGUGACACUUGUAACCAGGAUUCCUCUGCCACCGCCCCCCUGAACUCUGCAGCUGUCCUGCAGGAUAUACUGUAUCUCCAUCCAGAUUGAUCCCGAUCUCUCUCCUGUUUAGCAUGAGCUGAUCAAGCAGAGCUUUUGUUAAAUUUGCCUCUCCUGUCUGUCUCUUUCUCCACAGUGUUAGAAAGCAAUCAUGCCUUUCGGAAACACCCACAACAACUUCAAACUCAACUACAAAGUUGAGGAGGAGUUCCCCGACCUGUCCAAGCACAACAACCACAUGGCCAAGGUCUUGACCAAGGAGAUCUAUGGCAAGCUGAGGGACAGGCAGACACCCAGUGGCUACACCCUGGAUGACGUCAUCCAGACUGGUGUGGACAACCCUGGUAAGACCAUAAAAAUGCUAAAUCCAGUUAAGAACCAAAAAAACACCCAGACACAUGGAUGAGAUGCUUUUGAACAUGCGUAUAAUUGAUUUCAUCACCUGUCUCCUGCUUCUUUGCUCAUGCUCUCCCCAUAGGUCACCCCUUCAUCAUGACUGUUGGCUGCGUCGCUGGUGAUGAGGAGUCCUAUGAGGUCUUCAAGGAGCUGCUGGACCCUGUCAUCUCCGAUCGUCAUGGUGGAUACAAGCCCACUGACAAGCACAAGACCGACCUGAACUUCGAGAACCUGAAGGUGCAUGCUUACUGUCUAACACUUUCAGAUGCUCAGCCAAAACUGGACUGAAUUACUCACUGAUUUCUAUCCUCUGACCUGACGACCAGUCCCUUUGCUCACUUGUUAUGUUCAAUCAUCCAUUAGGGCGGUGACGACCUGGACCCCAACUAUGUCCUGUCCAGCCGUGUCCGUACUGGUCGCAGCAUCAAGGGAUUGACCCUGCCCCCCCACAACAGCCGUGGCGAGCGCAGACUGAUUGAGAAGCUGUCCGUUGAGGGUAAGCCGAGAAGUGUUUGACACCCAAGAUACUCCCUAAGACCUCCCUAAACAAUAGAUAUCAUCUUCAGGUGUCCUUAUUGUGUCCUAAUGUGUCUCUUCAGCUCUGACCAGCCUGGAUGGUGAGUUCAAGGGAAAGUACUACCCCCUGAAGUCCAUGACUGAUGCCGAGCAGGAGCAGCUGAUCGCUGAUCACUUCCUGUUUGACAAGCCUGUCUCUCCCCUGCUGACCUGCGCUGGUAUGGCCCGUGACUGGCCUGACGCCAGAGGCAUCUGGUGAGUGUGAUCAAUAAUUGAGCCGUGACAAAGGCCUUUCCAAAACUUUCAGUGAAGGGUUGCUGACGUCUGUGUGCUAAUCUUUGCCUGCAUCUCCAUCCAGGCACAACGACAACAAAACCUUCCUGGUCUGGGUGAACGAGGAGGAUCACCUGCGUGUCAUCUCCAUGCAGCAGGGCGGCAACAUGAGGGAGGUCUUCAGGCGUUUCUGUGUUGGCCUGCAGAAGGUACACUUCAGAUUCAAAUGAGAUUUACUGCACCUGAGGACACAGGUGUGGAUGCUUCUCUAACUCUUUUCUGUUUUUUUUUUUUUUUCUGCUAGAUUGAGGAGAUCUUCAAGAAGCACAACCAUGGCUUCAUGUGGAACGAGCAUCUCGGCUACAUCCUCACCUGCCCCUCCAAUCUUGGUACCGGUCUGCGUGGUGGUGUCCAUGUCAAGCUGCCCAAGCUGAGCACACACGCCAAGUUUGAGGAGAUCCUCACCAGGCUGCGUCUGCAGAAGCGUGGCACAGGUACAAACAUACACAGUUUCAGUCAGGCUCACCCCCUAAAGAAAACCAAGUACCCUCAAAAAGUUAUCAUGGCCAUAAGGCUCUGUUUUGAGGGCUCCAUGCACCUCCAUGUGCCUCAGUGGGAUGUCAAAGCCUGAGGUGUUGAGAACACACCUCCUGUUUAUAUCAUGUGCAUGGAUAAAAGGCAAGGAAGAGAAAGCAGCAGAAAAGACACCCGGGGUGAAAAAAUAAUGUUUUGCCUAAUUUUAGUCUAUUAAAGCUGUUAAUAAGAUGGGCAGGUUCAGCUAGAUCUUUACUGAGACUUGGCUGCUCUAAACUGAGCUGCAGGGUUUAUGUGCAUCUGUAUACUUACGCCUUAUUUUUCGCCCUCUUCAGGUGGUGUGGACACUGCCUCCGUGGGUGGUGUGUUCGACAUCUCCAACGCUGACCGUCUGGGCUCCUCCGAGGUAGAGCAGGUCCAGCUGGUAGUUGAUGGUGUCAAGCUCAUGGUUGAGAUGGAGAAGAAGCUGGAGAAGGGAGAGGCCAUCGACAGCAUGAUCCCCGCCCAGAAGUAAAGAGGGACAAUGUUAUGUUUUUCUCGUGACCAUUCACGUGCAAUCGAGCUAGCUGACAUGGCGUGCAGAGGAAACAGCCGCUCAUCAAGAGACUCUUGACUCUGCUCACCUCUUUGUCUUCCUUCCAGUUUUUUUCUUUCUCUGUCCUUUGACCUUUUUUUCACGUUCUCCAGUGUUGGUAACAUCCUGGGAUCAGCCUCCACUGAGCUGGGCUCGCCUGGCAGACGUGGCAACAACACCUACUUUUUGUGAUAAAAAGUAAUAAUAAUUGAAGCUGUUCAUACUGUUCAAUAAAAAGUGCCCCAUUUAAACAUAGCAAUUUGGUCU